AUGUCUAGCUUCCAAGCAGUCAACACUACUACCCUGCCCGUCCCGGAGCCGCCACAAGCCCGUCCAGGCGACGAGACAACGCCCACAACACCCCGCCCAAACAACCGAUUCUUUGCAGAGCCAAAGCCCGCCGAAGAUGUUCGGGCAGAAGACCCGGCCGCAAAGACACCCACACGCAAUACAUUUGCAGGACUUGCGGGCCAGCGCCCACUGCCAUCGUCUCCCUUUACCCCCGCCCGCGAAUUGAGCGAAACACCGUCCGCUUCGAACAAGAGCGAGCAGAGUAGAGAGGAUGCACAGAAAGCCACACAAGACGUACAGAUGGGCGACGGCGACGACGACAAAGACGGAUCCGACAACGAGAGCGUCACAAGCGAUUCAAACCGGCCGUCCAAGAAGAAGAAGGGACAGCGCUUCUUCUGCACAGACUUCCCGCCCUGCAACUUGAGCUUCACCCGGAGCGAACAUUUGGCACGGCACAUUCGACGCUUCUCUCGUCUCGACAACCUGCGGCAACAUGCACAAACUGUCCAUGUAAAUGAAGACAUCCCGUCCGAAUCCCUCGCUGCAACAGGCACCAGGUUUCAACGUCAAAUACGAACUGACCGUGUACGCCCACCUGGGAACCGCUCGCGUGCAAAUACACUGGGCAGCACAGGCGGACACAGUCGUGGCCACAGCAGGAAUUUGUCAGCUUCCAGCAUCACAUCUACCAUGUCAAGUGUGAGCGUAGCCCAAUCACCAGAUAUUCGCCGCAGACCCCAACCUCUCGCCAUGGCUAGUGAUGGUGGUGCGAGUGCCAGAGCACGCCUGUCGCUCAACACAGCAAGUGCAUAUGAUCCGCCCAUGAUGGGCAGUCCUGGGCCUGUUGAAUAUGACACACCCUCUAAUGCACCUACAACGCCUACAUCUGCUACCUUCUCCGCAGCCACUGGUAGCCCUGCUCACUUUGGAUCGACCAUGCAAUCUCCUGCCACAAGCACUUCAAGACCAGUAUCCUGGGCUGGACCACCGCAACCAGGACGUCGACAGUCUGUUUCGUCCAAUGCAAACCCAAAUCCCUUCGCUGGCCCUCCUGGACAAGGCCCUCCUACCUACAUUACACCUCUGCAAUCGACAGCUCCUCCUACAUACUCCGUACAAAGCAGUGCAUACGCUAGCCCUACCGUCUCCAACUUCUCCGAGUCCAAAGGUGACUCUAACGCCGAUGCAGACUGGAGGCGACGAACUUGGCAUCCGGGAACCUAUUCUGGCCCUCGACCAGCGACGAGUGGAUUGGGCUAUCACCAAACGCCUGACGCUCCACGACCAUUGUACACCUCGCAGCCUGCAGCCUCACAGACUACCAGACUUCCGGGCAUUGAGAGCUUUGAUCAUGCUCCGCCUCCGCCAACACUACCUCGACGUCAGCCCAGCCCGAUGCAGGUGGAUGCUCCUGGCCGCCCAUUGACAUACCAUGCACCAAGGGAACCCCCGCCAAAUCGGGGCCAUCAUAAGCGAACAAGCAUUUCAUGGGAGAUUGAUCGACUGAACAUCGCCGGUCCGGGUUCGCAAAGAGAGCAAUGGUCGCAACAGUAUCCCGGCAGUGCAGGCCGGACAAGUACCGCAAGACCAACGACAGCCCCGCACGGUUACUUCAGUCGACAGCCGGCCAACCUUCAGCCUAUCCAGAUCCCGUCGAUAAACUCGUCACCACGGACGUCGCAGGAGCAGCCUGAGACUCCACGAAAGAGCAAACGACAAGCCUGGUACAAUGGGCCCAUGAGUCAACCACAGCGGGCAAUGCAGCGCACAUCACCUGAGGAUUCUAGCAGUAGUGAGGGAGUGCCGACACCAGGGACCAUGAUCGACUAUCACCCCGCUAUUGUCCAUAGCAACGGGUACGUGGAGGCGCCAGUUGUUGUUGAAGACCACAAGCCCACGCCCGCGACAUCCAUCAUGGAAAGGCCCCAUCCUUUACACGCACAGCCACAUCAACACUACCAUAGCCACAGUCUCUCGAGUUCUAGCUCAGGCUAUCAUCCACAGCGUGAGCCUUCCGAGCGGGGACCCGUGACGUUCGGUCCAUCGCCCGCCCAGCCGAACAACAAUAGCAAUAACAGCAACAACGACAUGAGACGACUGGAAGCGCUCGUUGCCGUGGCUACAGGGGAACAGCAAGCCGUGGAGCACCGACACUGAAAGUUUACAGUAGAUUGAUUUCGGCAAAUUCCACCUUUUGUCUUUCCC